GUUGUCUAGCCCGCACUCUCAGGGGGACCCGCCGCCGGAUAACUCUCGGUCAAGGACUGUAAAGAGAUGGACGGCAGCAGAAGCGACUUGCUCAUUCCUGUUAUGCUGCUACCGCGUCAUGAUGCUCGAAGACUUUGAAUCACAACUGGCCCAGGAGCUGUUAUUAUUGCUGUUGCUCUUCUGACACUUGUCCCAUCCACGUUUGGACAUCCACCGACCUGCGAAAUCGGUGGGCUGAACGCGAGCAGACCAAAAGUGAGAUUUCUUGUUUGUCGAAAGGGAUUUUGUAUCGUUCGAGUCUCUUGUGGAUCAAGCAUCAAAAAGCAACCUGGUCAGUGAGGUACAGAAUCCCCAUGUAGGUACAGGAAACUCUCAACUCUGAGUGGUUGGUGGAGCUCUACCUUGACAAGAUCAAGCGGGCGUUGGGUCGUUAGUUAAUCCGCUAUAGGAAAGCCACUUGCCACCGGCAGACCCUCACAAGGGCAGGAAACAAUGAAUAUCCCGGCCUGCAUCCAAACAAACAGCCUUGGUCACGAUAUUUUUAUAAGGCGAUGUUUCAAUUGCGUGUUUGUCGCAGCCGCAAGUUCAUUAAAUUAAAAAGCGAAAAACAGGAACGAAGUCGCUUUUUGCCUUUUUUGGGACCCUUCGCUGAGGUAAUGAAGAUUAGAUAAUGAAGGCUAGUCUGUAUAAGGUUAGCGCCUCCGGCCGAGAUCACAUGCUUAGCCUUUCCACUUUAGGAAGUAGUCGGGCAUCCAUUGAAGACAAGCAGCGACGUCACCGCGCAAGCAACGAUACCAAACAACUUCAUGAUAUAGAAGAUGCAUACUCUAUAUCUAGAGAGAGACGGAACAAGUUAAAAAGAGGAGCACCUAUGUCAGAGAGUGACGGAGAAGAUGGAUGAAUACACUGCGGAACUCUUCUCUGGCCAGGACGGCGGUAAUGACGGCGACUCCCGGCCCUUGAGAAGUGUGGAGGAAGCGAAACCUCCCGUGAAUCUAGACACUGCAAAGGAGGAGAAUUCUCCCGGCCUAUCGCUACAGGACCGGUUGCUUGCCAGGUUCCUCCAACAGCUGGUUCCAUCAGAAGAUGCUGGUAGUGAUAAGGACGGAGGAGAGGAGGCUGAUGCAUCCUCAGAAAGGCCCCCAUUCAGCCUUCCCACGAUGACCAACAACUUCAGGCGUUUUAAUGCAAGAAUAGGGAUAGUUUUUCGGUUUCAGUAUAACGUGAUCAAGCUACUGUCUUGGAGGCACAGGACCCAGACAUGGUCCCUGAUAUGCGUCUACUCCUUUAUCUGCCUCGAUCCAUACUUGCUGGCAGUGCUUCCAUUUGUUCUAGUCCUUCUGUUAAUCAUGAUACCCGCCUUCUUGACAAGGCACCCUCCGCCACCUCCUUCAACUUCAACAUCUAGUACAACCCCAUACUACUCCUACGAGGGCCCAGCUCUUGCUCCAGCUAAAACCAUCAAACCCGCAGCUGAGACGUCAAAGGACUUCUUCCAUAACAUGCGAAAUUUGCAAAACUCCAUGGCGGAUUUUGCCGCCCUUCAUGAUGCAGCUGUGUCACUCAUUGCUCCCGCUACAAACUUUUCUGACGAAAAAUUGUCGUCUUCCCUGUUUAUUGCCUAUCUCGAAUGCCGAGAGUGGGUGAUGGAACGCAUGGUCACUGGUGUGGAAUUCGAAAUACCCGAUAACAAUGAUGGCAUUAUUAGUGAGGAAAUAGGAGGCUGGGUAUGGGAUCUGCCGUUUAACAGGCCAGAUGAUGAGCAUGCCGUCGAUAUACUGGCUUACACGGACUCGUGGGAAAGCCCUCGAAGGAAUGCGCAAAUGGCUGCCCAAACGAGCAAGCGUUCUAACCAGAAAGACAAGCCUGAAUGGGAAGAAGCCACAAAACAAGUUGACAGAGCUGGCGACUGGAGAAGGAGACGCUGGGUCAGGGUUGUCCGAAGGAUGACCAUUGAUGAAAAGGCAGUGAAAGCAACGCCAGUAUCUUCUUGA